AUUACAAGAGUUGUCAGGAACGUUGUUAAUUGCUUCACUAACUACGAUAUAACCUAACUAAAUGCAACGUGUUUGCUGUUUUCUAAGUUAAUUCAAGACAUAAAAAUGUCAGAAGAAGGUAAACCUGCCCGCAAUAAACGCAAGAGGAAGAAGACUUUCCUCACCAAUGCUCGCAAAUAUGGCAAACGUGGUUAUUUUGGGAGAGGCACAAAACUGGAUGAAGACACUUAUCAAUAUUUUGUCAGAAUUAUGGAAGCAUAUAAAGAAGGUUUUCCAACUGAGGAAGAAAAAAUUACAUUUGCUAAUAAUGUAUUUGAACAAACUGACAAUCAAGAGAUCACUUGUUCCUGCAAUCAAUUUGGUUGCAGAGUGAUUGAAACCUUGUUGCCUUUUGCAAAUGACUCAACAAUGGAGAGAUUUAUAGCUGCUUUUGCAGAUGACCUGAGACCUCUUUGCUGUGAUAGAUUUGCAACCCAUGUUAUUGAAGCAUUGAUCAGAGAAUCAACAAAAAGGUCACUGACUGGAGAAAAGAAUGAAAUCUACAGUACAUUUUUAAUUAAAAUCAGUAGAUUCUUGUUAAACAAUAUGGAGGAUUACAUGUGGGAUACAUAUGGAAAUCAUACAAUGAGAUCAGUGUUCUAUAGCAUUGCUGAUAUUCCAAAAGAAGAGAAAAAAUUGCAUGCUAAAGAAAAUGUGAAACAAGAAAUCACAGAGUUGGAUAUUCCAGAUAAUUAUAAGGAAAUUAUCAAAGAUUAUGCAGAACGCUUGUUGUCAUGGCCGCAGUUUGCAGAAUUACCAAUGGCUGAAUUGACUUCUGGAUUUCUGCAGGUUUUAAUGAAAGCAUUGCAGAAAGUUGACACUAAACUAUUGAGCAGUUAUGUGAAAAGAUUGAAUAAUGAAUGUUUUGCGCCUAAAAGUGACGUUGAAUAUGAUGAAAAUCAUUUUCCUCCGGCUUUUAUGUCUACGCCGAAUUUGAUGUUGUUAGAAACUGCUCUUCAAGUGUCAAAACCCAAAUAUUUUACACAAAUCUAUGCAAAAUGUUUCAAAAAUAUAUUGGUCAAAAUAGCGUGUAGUAAAAGUACGAAUUUUGCUGUACAGAAACUGUUUAAUUAUGCUACAGACAAAACUGAGUUUGAAGAAAUGUUUGACGAAUUAAAUGACAACUUUAAGAAAAUUAUUGAGGUAGGCCAUACAGGUGUGCUUCUUUCUUUAGGACAAGCUUGUAAACGACUUGGAGCAAAACAAGGAAGUUAUAUGCAGAAUUUAAUGAAGGCAUUGGAUUGUUUCGAACCACAAGAACGCCAGAACAAAUUUAUUUUGUGCCUUUGUAAAUUACAACCAUUUAACGACAUCGCCGGCAAAAAAUUAGACUACGAAAAGGAAAAACUCAACUUGCAUGGGACGCUCAUGCUUCAAUUACUGUUAGAAUUCAAUAAACCCAUUAAAUUGGUAAACGCACUUCUCUCAAUGGAUCCUUAUGAACUAAAAAGUGUACUGUCUAAUACAAUGGGUAGCCACAUAACUGAUUCAUAUGUAUCAAGUCAAUAUGUUGGCGAAAAGAGUCGAGAGAGGCUAUUGAGAGCAUUAAAGGGCACUUACCAAGAACUAGCCGCAACCAAAUACGGUUCUAGGUCAUUUGAUGCACUGUGGAAUGUUGCAGGUGAAAAGUUUAAAAUGAGCAUCAUGGAGGAACUUGGGCACAGAGAAGGUUCUUGGGCUCACACCGAAUUUGGCAAAAUAAUUGCCAACAAAGUGCACUUACAUGUUUAUAAAAAGAAUAAGGAAGAUUGGAAAAAUGCUAUAAAUAAGAAUAAUAAACCUAAAAAUCUUUUAGAGGAUGUUUUAGGUGCUUAAAUUCUUGAACAUUGAAUAAAACAUGUUUAAAUUA